AUGUUGCGUACAAGACAACUUAAUAAAUUUAUGAAUAUGAUUGUUGGACCAGAAAUCCAAGGUGCAUAUCUUUAUACAGAAGAAGGUAAUUGUCAUGCAAAAGUUGGACCUAAAGCCGAUAAUGUGUCUGCAGCUGUCUGUUCAUCUCUUGCCUCUUCAAUAUUUGAAGCAUUUGAAAGAACAGUAUCUCGUGAAAGUCUUACUGAAUUUCAUUUGGAAUGUGAUGAUACAAUAAUCUUAGCAACACAAAUUCUUAAUUUUAUUCUCGUAAUACAGGGGCAACCAAAUGCACCUAUUGGAUUAAUUCGUUCUAAGUUACAUACUUUUGCAGAAAAACUUAAGGAACCACUCUCUUAUGUUAUUCUUAAGGACCAAUAA